ACUAUAAUGGAAAGACACUGCAUAAACAGGGGUCCGUGUGCUAAAUAUCCCUUCUCUAGCCAAAAAUUUGAGGCAAAGCAGCGCCGGGAAAAUUUUGAAAGCUUCACAUUUUGGAGCGAAGCGAGCGGGAGUGGCGGCCGGCAAGGAAGGCGAUUGCUAGGGUUUGAAUCGAAUCCGAGAGCUAGAGAGAUGGAGAGGAAGGUUCUGGCCGUGUCGACCGCCGAUGGUGGAGCUGACGCGGCGGAUGAUUUCCAAUACAUCUCCGGGGUGAGCACUAUUCUCGUGGCCAACAUCCAGGAGGUGAAGGACCGGGUCUCCCAGAUGGAGUUCAUCUUUUGCAACCGGCUCUUUCCGCACUUCCAGGCAAAUUCGAAGCUCCUCCAGGCGCGGCUGGACGAUGCCAUGAAGGCGGCUGAGGAUGAGUGGAGGAAGAAGGAGGCCGGCUUGGUGAUCCAAUUGGAGGAGCUGAACUGCUGGAAGCGGGGUUCGGAGGAUAGGCUGCAGCAGCUCGGGAUCUCUCUUGAGGAGACGAAAGGGAAGCUUGUGGAUGCUGAGCGAUUGGCUGCGAAGCAUGAUGCUGAGAAGAAGCACCUUCUGGGGAGAUUGGAGGAGGAAAUGAAGAAAGAUGAGGUGAUUCGCCGGCUUGAAAGGGAGAUUGGGGAAAAGGCUGCUGAGAUAUCCAGGGAGAGAGAGGCCCAUCAGCGGCUGCUGCAGCUGGAGAGCUCUCUUGAGGAGAUGAAAGGGAAGCUUGUGGAUGCUGACCGGUUGGCUGCGAAGUAUGAUGCUGAGAAGAAACAGCUUCUGUGGAGAUUGGAGGAGGAAAUGAAGAAAGAUGAGGUGAUUUGUCAGCUUGAAAGGGAGAUUGGGGAAAAGGCUGCUGAGAUAUCCAAGGAGAGAGAGGCCCAUCAGCGGCUGCUGCAGCUGGAGAGCUCUCUUGAGGAGACGAAAGGGAAGCUUGUGGAUGCUGACCGAUUGGCUGCAAAGUAUGAUGCUGAGAAGAAACAGCUUCUUGGGAGAUUGGAGGAGGAAAUGAAGAAAUAUGAGGUUAUUCGUCGGCUUGAGAGGGAGAUUGGGGAAAAGGCUGCAGAGAUAACCAGGAAGGGGGAGGACCAUCAGCGGUUGCUGCAGCAGAUGGAGUUGAAGGAUAAGGAAUUUCUUCUUGAGAAGAAUAGGUCGAGGGACUUGAUUGAGGAGCUUAAUAAGUCGAAGAUAAAGUACAAGAGUUUGAAGUCUCAGUAUAACCAUGCGACUCGGAAGCUUGACCAGAUUGAAGGAUCCAAGUCUCAUAUGGACGCCCUGGUGGAUCGAAGGUCUUCAGGGAGUCCUCCAAGUAAAAGAAAGCUUAAAGAUUUGCAGGACACAAAAAAGGAGAGCAUCCAGGUAGUUUCUACUACAGGAGACCAGAAGAAUGCACCUAGUCAACAUACUCGACUUGGUACCACGGUGAGGAGUCCGUUCAGUAACUCUCGCCUUUCCCUACCAUCUCAUCCAACCAACCCUCCGCAAAAGGAUGCUACUAGCACUUCAAAGACAGAGGUGUCAUCUAGUUUCACCCGGCCAAGUCGACACUGGAGAGAAACUCGAGCACGGAAGGAGCCAGGUGUUGUAGAUCCACAUGAAGAUUUUCUUGAUACACCUCUGCAGGCAAUAAAAAAUACAAUCCUGAAUCCAACAACUCGAGAAGAAGCACCAGCUGUUGCUGCCUCUCCUCCUCAAGAUAUGGACUUCCACAACUCAGAUGAUGAGACCCAAGAUAUCAAUAUUGUCACUCAGGGCCUCAAUAACAGGUCAGUUCCCAAGCCGAGAAGCAUGAUUUCAGUCCAGCCACCAAAUAAAGGAUUCAAAUAUACAGAACCUGUAAGAAAGAAAGCUGAUCGAGAGAAUUUGAAAGGUGUUGAAUGCAAGCAGUGCAAGAAAUUCUAUGAUGCUGUGCUUCCUGAUGGCCGUGUAAAUGGUGAUGGUGUGGACUCUACAAGCAUGAGGUGUGAGCAUCAUGAUGGUGUGUCCAGACAUAGAUACAGGUAUGCCCCACCUCUGACGCCUGAAGGGUUUUGGAACAUUGGAUUUGAAUCAGAAAUGUAGCACAUGAAGCAGAAGGCAAAUUUCUUUGGUGUGAAACGUCGUCACACAAUAGGUUCUCAUUUACCCCUUGAAAUUGUUUAUGACCUCAGCAACAAAUCUUAUGUUGGGAAAUACACAUCAUGCCAGUAAGGUUUAGUGUUGGAUAUAGUGUCAAUUGUUGAGGAUAGAACAUAAUGUCAGUUUGUUCCAGAUUCUAUGUAAAUUCAGAAAUGUUGAAUAAUAGCUUUAGGUGCUCUUUACCAUUCAAGAGCAGCUCUCCUGCCCAUCAGAAGAAGAUAACUUCAGUGCUGAAUCAACUUUGUUGCUUCUCAAAAACAAAUUCACAAAAAUAGGGAACCACAAUUUCUGUGCCUUAGAACAUGAAGCAAACUGGACGAUCUAUUACCUGUUAUUGGAUCAGAGAGUUUGUAUUUUGAGUUUUAUUAGAUUUGGUACAACUGUGAACUUUUUUUUAUUGUCUAAUAUUACUAGUAUCAUAUC